AUGGAUUCAAAGAUCAUUCCUUUAAACAUAUAUGGAGCUUUUGAACGAGCUGCGUAUCUAUGUGGAAAAACAAAAGAAGAAUGUGCUGCUGUUGCUGAAAAAGAAUUGAUUGAGACACAUUAUUUUGUUAAGAAUCCAAUCUAUGAUGAUAAGACUGUAGAUAUAAACCGAAAACUUCUAUUCCACAUCAAUGCUAUUGUUAAUUCAGCAAUGGUACAAUUCUAUAAUACCAAUCACAUUCUAGCAUUAUUAGGAUUUCCUGAAUUUAAAAAUUGUAAGUUAACAAUAGACGAUCUUUAUAAGACGACUUGCUAUUGGGUUAAAAGGUUAUUCAAGACAGGAACAAAAUAUAAUUACAUUAAGAACAUUGGAACAUAUUUCAAGAAAGUGACCGAUUAUCAAAUAAAAUGUAUGGCACAGAAUUAUAUUGAUCUUUUCUAUGUUAUGGAUCAGAUUAAAUUUGAUACAAUUGACGUUUUCAAGACAUAUAAUAAUGAUCUUACGUAUGUGAAUGACCAGUUUUAUACGAAUCUUAAAAUUUAUUAUUAUAAGACAGGUCGAAAAGAAGUUGGAUAUGAUAAAGUAAGAACUUAUGAUGGUCAAUGGAAAUUAUAUUUUACGGUAGAAGAAAAGGACAAGAUUCAUCGAUGGUAUGCUGCGGACAAUAAAGGCUGCGUUAAAUGGUUAAAAGAACAAUUAAGUCCUUAUUUUGUACCAAAGAUCGGUUAUGAUGUAUAUGGAGAAAAGACUGCAUCCAUCAAUCCUAUUGAAACUCUUGGCAAUUCUAUGCUGAAGAUGAUUAGUGAGACUUCUCCAAAGGUAUCACAGAUUUCUCCGACUGAAUGGAAGUUUGCUGAAAUUGAUAAUGGUAAGACUGUAAGUGAUUAUCGUUUGGCCAUGACUGAUGUUCAGGGAAAGACUGGCAAGGUAUAUAAGAAGCGUCAGCUGUUCCGUAUCAAUGCUGAUGGAACUGAAAAGGCAGUUGAAUUUGGUAAGUUGAAGAAGUGUUAUCUGUAUAAGGCCUUUAGCAUGUUGAAGCCAAAGACUCCACGAGCACAUCUCAACAAUUAUGAUCGUGAACUGACAGCAAAGCUUCGUGAUGAAGUUGCUCGAAAUAAGGCCAAUUUCUCCAUGGAUGAAAAUGGUAACAUUAAUGGUACUUCUUCCUUUGGUCAGAUUCAUAUUGAAAAUGGUGCGAUCAAGUCUAUGAAGAAUAAUCAUCAUCGUAAUUUCGGUCGUAAGCUGUAUAUUGAUAAUAAGCUGGUAUUUGAAGGUGCUGGUCUGAAUAUGAUCUAUGCUGCUUUCAAUCGAAAGACUCAAAUUCUUGAACAAAACAAUAUAACGCUUUCAAAAUUUAGAUGGAAUGAAGGCUAUUAUAAUGCUGGAACAAAUUAUAAUCUAACAUAUAAGGGAUUUGGUCAAACAGGUUAUCUUGAAAAGUUAAUUGAAGAUAUAACAGAUCCUGAAGAAGCCACAAAGAAAAUGGCUGAAGCUCUUAUUACUAUUGUCAAUGAAAAGUCCAAAGAAUUUUCAAAUCGUAAUAAGAAACGAAAGAUUCAGGAAGAAUUAAAUCUAUUAGAUGAUGAUCUUUCAAUGGAAUUGGACGAAUGGAUUUCUGAAAACAUCAAGACGAAUCCAAAUGUUACAGUAAAAGAAGAAAGAAAUGAUUCUUAUGCUUUCUUUUAUCAAAUUACACCAAAAGAAAAUGAAAAUUUAGAUAUGGUCCAGACUGGUUUCUAA